UGCGAGACGACCGCCGAACGAAGGGCGUGUUACUCACCACGUAUGCGCUCCUCAUCGUCGUGGCGUUCAUUUACUCUGCAGCAGCGGCGACUGCUCGCGACGAGUACUGUGAGGGCACGGACUGCCCUGCCGAUGGUGGGCGAAUGCACGUGAGAUGGAGAUCCAUGGCGCACACAUCAGUGCUAGCUGGCCCGUAUCCGGCUGUCCGACAUCGUAUCUGUCGACUGUGUGCAGGUGCGUCGUUCCUCGGCGGCGGUCAAGAGAUCCAGGCGGUCAAGAGAUCCGGUACCCACACACAGAUGGGUGUGGGGUGAAGACCUGUGCGUCCAUCCAUCAAAUGUGCGUGUGCGUGCAGGAGCUGAGUUGUCCAUGAUGGAGCAGCACCUCCUGACCGGAAAGAAGUCACUCCAGUCGGCCAUCAAGCUCCGCACUGAGGCCAAUAAAGUCACCAGCGCCGCCAACGAUUUGAUGGUCGCAGCCAACACAACCCUCGAUAACCUCCAGACGCAGCUGAAUGUCCUUACCGGUAUGCAGGCAGGGAGGCAUCCACACUGAUCCAUCCAUCCAUCCAUCCAUCGAGUUCGCAUUGUCAUGCGUCCUGUGUCGUCUUGCCGAAUGGAUGAAUGUGACAGGCACUUUCGCAACGGCUGUCAAGACCGGCCAUUCCGACUACGAGAAAAGGCAUCCCCAAGGCCAGUGGGUGGUGGAUGUAUGGGAAUAUCACUCUCUCUGUAUGGCUCUUCUCCUCCCUGCAGAUGAAUGCCAGAAAGACAAGGACUGCGCAACGACGGGCAAAGAGGGGUUCUGCUUCGAGCACGUCGACCGACACAGGAAAACAGAAACAUACAAGGAGGACAAGAACAACCCGCUGUAUGCACGUCGCUGCCAGGCAAGGGUCACCUAUGCUGUUGGUUCUGUUGGUUCGGAUGCAACUCAUCGGCCUUGCUGUGUGUGGUGUCCUUUGCCUUUGCAGACGAAGGGCGAUCGUAAGGACUACUGCGGGGACAGCGGGGACAAGCAUUCGUCGGUCUUUUCAUGUGUUUCCCCUGAUUGCGAGCCCAAGAAGCCCAAGAGCAAGCCGUGCAAAUGGGGUCUGGAGUGCAAAGACGACGUUUGCGUGUAAGUGGCCGACUCGCUUGUGCAUGCACAUGUGCACCUGCGAAUGAAUCGACAGGUCGGAUCGGUUUCAUACCUUUCUCGAGGGGCGCAGCAUCAAAUCCACCGAACCCGGACGUUAGCACGCAAACAACACAUGAACGAAUGAAUCGCAUGAAACGUGGACCUUUGCUUGCCCAUAUGUGAUAUCCCACGUGUGUGCAGGCAGAUGCUGGUUCGCGGAGCAAGCGAAACGUAACCACCAGAAGCAUUGCCCAGGUGAGUCUUGGCUAUGCCGUCUGCUCAUGUCUCUAUCUCUUUCUCUCCCUCUCCCUUUCUCUCUCUCUCUCUCUCUCUCUGUCCAUCCAUCGUUCCUAACACCAGAGGGCCAGAUCUGUGCACUCACCCGCAAGAGGUCUCACAAGGGUGCUGAUGCUGUCCGAAGCUGCAGGACUAUGUCAAGUGGGCCGUUGAGGGCGAGUGCGUGCCGUUUGUCGAUCGGGAGUCCCAUUGUAGCGAGACAGACUGCCUUCCCCCAAAGGCUUGCCAGUGCGCUUCGGCCGCAGCGAACCCUAUCCCGGUGACGAGUAUGUCUGCGCGGCGGAUCGUUUCAACUACUGCGACGGCAAAGGACCAUACAAACCCUCGGGUACUCGACAGGUGCAUAUCCAUCCAUCCAUCCAUCUAUCCAUCCAGUUGGCAUUUCCUGUGUCUCGCCUUGUCUGAAUGCAGUUUGCCCUGUCCAGUCUGGGCGUCUCGCUUCCACACCGGCCGGCAAACAUCACGGUCCGUAACUCACGCAGAGCAGCGUACAUGUGUGUGGGGGUGUACGUAUCCUUGUGUGUGUGUGUGUGUGUGUGUGUGUAUACAGGCAAAUGUGAGCUGACGGUGACGACAGAUGAGGGUCUGGACCGCCGCCACUACAAGCACACGUGUCCGGACGGCCUGGUCUGCCUGAUAACCAACGAGUACCACGGCUUCGACGGGGACACCGAUGUAGGCGUGUGUAUCAAUGCGGCCGACGUCGAGAAGCUUUGCCGCAAGAGGGACGACUACGACCCAAAGCAGGAGCGCCAGCCGUUCGCGGUUGCCCAGUACUACGAUUUUCAACACACAGAGUGCGAGUACGUCUGGGUGGACUACGUCGCCUCCCGCAAGACAAGAAGGCCCGUCUGGGAGCGGGUCGACCGCUCCGGGCCGGAUUGGUUCGAGUUCUGCGCCGCCAAGGACAUCACCCAUGAAACCCUCGAGUUCACACGUACGCACGCGUAGUGCUUUAUACACACAAACACACCGAUGCACCUGCACGCGAAAUGGUCCUUCCCUCUGUUCUUAUUCGUACGCGUGUGUUGAUUGUGUGCAGCUAGUGACAAGUGCGCCGAGUACACCAAGGAAUUCGCCAAGAAGUUCGCCGCCUAA